UGUAGGGAAGCGUGUACUGUAAACACAUGUACAGAGGGCUAACUUCUUCUUGGCAACUUUACAGUUUUAUUUUUUUUUAGCUCAGUGCUUUCGCUGUGUUCAAACAUUGCCGGUGUUGAGUUUUGCCUGAGGCCAUAGAAAGUACGCUAAUAUCCUUUACGUUUACGCUGUUUGUGAAGCAGUGGACUUGUGGAGUUUGCAACGUGGACUCCCUUUACGAUAUGAGUGCAGGGAGAUAGUUAAGUUAUGGCCCAAGAGGAUAUGAGAGAUCUGCAGUCUCAGAUUGACGAGAUUGAAGCCCUGUCCUCCAUAUAUGGUGACGAAUGGUGUGUGAUUGACGAAGCGUCAAGAAUCUUUUGUAUCAAAAUAGCUGACAGCUCAGACAAUCCAAAAUGGACAGCCUGUUUACAGACGAUUCUACCUCCAGAUUACCCCAGCAGUGCCCCACCCCUUUAUCAAAUAAAUGCUGGGUGGCUGAGAGGGCCCGAAAGGAUGGAACUGUCCAACAGACUGGAGGAAAUAUAUCUGGGGAAUACCGGUGAGAGUAUCCUCUACCUUUGGGUGGAGAACAUUCGUGAAUUUCUUGUAGAGAAGAGUCAGAGCUCUGAUUCUGCUGGCUCCAAAUUAAUAUUGGAGGAGGCUGAAGUGAGUAAAAGUAUGGUGACCGAGGAGGCGGAUGAUGACAAUGAUGAAGGAGAUGUCGUUGACUACAGUGCGCUGAAGAACACAGAACAAGCUCACCUGUUUGUAGACCAUCUAAAAGAUGAGGAGUUGCCUGAAAUAAAGCAUGGUGAAGCCAUUACAGACAGACGGAGCACCUUCCAGCCUCACCUGGCCUUGGUGGUUACCCCCAAACAGGUUCGACUGGUUCUGGACAAGCUGUAUGAAAAUAAAAAGAUAGCCAGCGCCACUCACAACAUCUAUGCAUACCGGAUACACUGUGAGGAUAAGAACACCUUCCUGCAAGACUGUGAGGAUGAUGGGGAGACGGCCGCAGGAGGAAGACUACUUCAUCUUCUACAAAUUCUGGAUGUGCGUAACGUGCUGGUCGUGGUGACGCGCUGGUAUGGGGGCAUUUUGCUGGGCCCUGACCGCUUUAAACACAUCAACAACCGUGCCAGAAGCAUCCUGGUCCAGGAGGGCUACACCGACACUCCGGAAGAAGCAGCCAAGGGCGGAGGGAAGAGCAAAAAGCCCCGAGGCAAGAAAACAAAGUGAUGACAGAGACAGGAAACCGAAGGUUUGUCUGUCCUGAACGCACGAAAACAAGCUGUAUAGACAGCUGGAUGGGAAGACAGACCGCUGGGACAUGGAGACUGCUGUAAGGGGAAGGGGUGUGUGAAGAGGGUGGGGGUGGAAGGUACUGGGUACCGUAUUGAAGAGCAGUGUCGACAAGAGUAAUGAUGCCUUGAUUGACAGGCAUCCCCGAUGCUCUUAAUGGGAGAAUGCUGCCUGACGGAUAUAGGACCUGUGCUGAUUGGUGAUUGGCUGGCGGCCCUAAUCCGUGCGGUCUCCAAAAGAUCAGCCAGUGUUUUGUGCUGUGGACGCUACAGGUGUUGGUUGUCAUAUCUAGGUAUUGAAUGAAGUAAUUGGUGCUGAGCACAACGCAGAGAUGUGUUGGAAAAAAUGAUUAUUUACAUUGUAAUUGAUGGUUAAUUGUACUUUGUCAAGAGAAUUGAACUACAAUUUGAAAGUCCCUGUAGUUACAGGUGUACAGUAUAUAAACAUUAUAUGGAGUAUAUAAUGUUUUCUCUGUAAUUUGGGUGGUUGAGUGAUGAAAUAACGCAGGUGCUUGUGAAAUAAUGAGACUGACAAUGGGGGGAUACAAAGAAAUAAUCGUUGUCUUGAUUAUUUGUGAUGGAAGUAUUGCCCCAAAGGCUAUUGUGCACAUAGUAGACAUGAUGCAAUGGUACUUUGCUGCUUGCAUAUCACAUCUAACACUUGUACGCUGUCACUUACUGACAGAUGGUGUGUAGAGGGCAUAGUGGUGUAUGUCGGCUCAUAAUGGCUGCCUUAUCAACACUCAAAGCAGAACCUGCCAUGUCAUUGAAAAUGAUUGCUCUUAUUUGAACUCUGUAAUUAGUCACAGACAGACUAUUUUCCGAGCUCACAUUAAAGAUCUUUUGUCACGUUA